AUGUCUGAAAUGCUAAAGAGUCUCAUAGGAGAUGAUGAUUAUGAUAGCUAUGAUGAAGAUGACGAUGAAGAUGAUCAUCAAUUAUCGGGUGAUGAUGUCAAUGAUGAGGAAGAAUUACCAAACAAUGAAUCUAGUUAUAUAGAAAAUAAGGAAGAAAUUGAAAAGAAUAUAACAUUGAAGGUUCUCUCGGAAAAGAACAAGACAAGAAAGAAAAAGUUUAAACUUUCCUCAUCUUCAUCAACAGGAGAAGAUAGAUCGAAGAUGAAUCAAGUUCAGAUCAUGACGAUGACUGAGGAAGAGAUACAAGACUAUCAAAAUUUGAAACUCUAUGGCAUUGAAGGACCAAAAUUGAAAAAACAAGAGGAAGUGAAUGAGGAAGUUAAUUUCAAGUUGGACGUGUUGCAAUCUUCUAAAAUGUUCUUUGAAGAUGUAGAUCCAAGUGUUGUUACAAUUUAUACUGGAUCAAAGGCUCAUGAAACACAAUUUCAUUAUGUGACUUGCAAAUGGUAUGACUUGAUGCUUGAAAAGGGGAUAUAA